GCAGAUGGUUCCUGUCUCUGUGGAUUUGUUUCCAUGAUGAUGUGAACACGCCAAUGUCCAUCAAGAAACAGAAAUUAAAGGGAUUUUUUUAGGCUUUGUGUUUAUCUGAAGUCAAUCAGGAUGAUGCUGAAUGACCAGUGGACCAUCAUGAACAACAGCAGCUCAGAGCUGGACAGCAAGCGGACCAGCAAGUACAAGAGAUGCUGCACCUUCCUGUUAUGGUUCAUUGUCACAUUAGUUGUUAUAACAGGCGCCAUCACAGCAACAAUCACCAUCCUGUACCUGAACCACUAUCCUCUGCCCUUCAUCAGCAGGACUGGAGUCUCCUCAGCUGCCAUUUCGACAAAUCCUACGGAGUCUGGUGCCCUGGUGACAAUAUCACGUGUUGCAGAUGGACAACCAAUCAGCGUCUUUCUGGACCCAAACUGCCCAGACUUCAGCGAGCACUUCUUGCGUUGGGAGGCGCUGCAGAGCUCACUGCUGCGGGCGCUGACCAAUCACAACGCAGAUGACUGGCAGGAAAGAGGAAUGGUCCAGAAAAUGGGCGACGAGCUGAAAGUGUUAUCAGGUCACACCCACAACCUGAGACUGGAAGCUGAUUUGUUAAAAAGGGGUCAAGGUGCUUUGGACCAACAUAUAAACAGGCUGCAGACUGAGCAGAACCGAGUCAUUCAGGUGUUGAACGACAAUCAUUCAGGUGUGCUGAAGUUGGCUGAAGGUUUCAGUGAUUCUAUUCUCAGCCUGCAGAGGGAGAUCGAGAGCCUAAAGAGGCUGAAAAAUGAGCAAAGCCAAGAGCGCACGCCCACAGCUGCCAGACCCAAAGACUGCAGUGAUGUCCUGGAGUCAGGCGUCUCUGAGGACGGAGUUUAUUCUGUGUUCCCGACUCACAACCCAGACGGCUUCAUGGUUUACUGCGACAUGAGCACUGAUGGAGGAGGCUGGACGGUAAUCCAGAGGAGGGAGGACGGCUCUGUGAAUUUCUUCAGGGGCUGGGAGGCCUACAGGGAUGGUUUUGGGACAACGACCGGGGAGCACUGGCUGGGUCUGCAGAGGAUCUACUCCCUCACCAGGUCGGGUGGUUUCGAGUUACGUAUCGACAUGGCGGACUUCGACAAUGCCACAGCUUUCGCUUGUUACUCUGACUUUUCUGUUGGUAGAGACUCAGUCAACGCUGAAGAGGAUGGAUACCCACUGAUUGUGGACGGGUACUCUGGGACUGCAGGUGACUCCCUCUUGAAGCACUCUGGGAUGCGCUUCACUACUAAAGACAGGGACCAGGACCAGUCUGAGAACAACUGUGCAGCAUACUACCAGGGGGCUUGGUGGUACCGGAACUGCCACACCUCCAACCUGAACGGGCAGUACCUGAGAGGAGGCCAUGCCUCCUACGCUGAUGGUGUGGAGUGGUCCAGCUGGACCGGUUGGCAGUACUCACUGCGCUUCACCGAAAUGAAGAUCAGACCCAGAAAAUCUGAGUCCUGAACCAGGAACUAAAUCCAUAUGUCUGACCCCAAAACCCAUCUUGCACCUGAGGGUAAUUCUCUGUUGCAUCUGUUCACAUCUGUUUUAUAAAAUGUGCCCAUUUGUUCUGUUUUGUUGUGUGCUGCCUGUGAUAUAACCCAUACUAUAUGAUACUGAUUGUUGACUGGAGA